CCGCGUUAGUUAACAACGGUGAAGGCUUCACCGUUUUUGACCAAAACGGUGAUGUGUUCACCGUUGUUAAUUAACGCGGUGAAAACUUCACCGUUUUGGUUUGAAACGGUGAAUACUUCACCGUUUUUGUUUAAAACGAUGAAGUAUUCACCGUGUUUGUCAAACGCGGUGAUGAUCUUCACCGCGUUUGUCUAAAACGGUGAUGCUCAAACAUGUGUACUUUGGGGAAUUUUUUUAUAACUCAUGUAUUUUGGGAAUUUUUUUUAAGAACGUGUGUACUUUGGGAUUUUUUCCGGAAAAAUCAGCAAGAUGUUGAUACUUUUUAAUCUGAACAAGAGACUCUCUUUCCCAAAACCAACCUCACAAAAUGUGACAGUCAGACGCGCCAUCCUAUCUAUAUCCCCUCUGUCCCGAGCUGCUCGCCUACUCCUCCAAAAAUGGCGAUGAAAAGUACUGCUCCAACCAUGGCCGAUAUACUGGCCUGUUCCAAAUCCCAAAAUCUAGACCUCCAGCUCAAAUCUUUAGGACCCUUUUUCAGAAUCACAGCAAGGAGUUUGAAAACAGGGAACGAACUCGGAAGAGCCGAAGGUUUGGUGAGGCUCUGGCUAGGGGGGAAGAGGAUUCUUCACUUGGACUCCAUUAGGCUGCAAAGAGAGACGCUUGGGAUGGAGAAGUCGAUCUUUGGGAUUGGGUUGUUCAUUGGAGCUGUCGCCAUCAGACAUGGCUAUGACUGUGGCUGCAACGUGGCUCAGUUGCUCGCCAUUAAUGACUCGGACCUUUACCAUUCCAAGCUUGUGAAGUUCUACAGAAGGAUUGGGUUCAAGGCAGUUCAUGAAGUUAGUGGAUCUACACUUGAGGAUCUCGCCCACAUGCUGGUGUGGGGAGGGAUUGGAACCAGAAUGGAUGCUGAGAUUGAUCACCUUCUUCUUAAAUGGUGCACCAGGUUCACACCUUCAAGCUAAAGCCACCCUGCCAGCUGCUCAUUAUCCAUUCUGCACCUGUUCAUUCCGUUGUCUCAAAUUCGUAGACAUUCUAAUGUGUAUAGCUAGAGACAGAGGAUACUCAUGCUUGUUUAAGGGAAUAUAAAAUUCUGAACUCUGU